CCCUGGCCUGGAGGAAUACCACAGCUGGAUGGCGGUGGCCUUCUGCCUGAUGUACCUCUUUGCGCUUCUGGGAAACCUCUCCUUGCUCUUCCUUAUCUGGAUGGAGCACAGCCUCCACGAGCCCAUGUACCUCUUCUUGGCCAUGCUGGCAGUGGCCGACAUGGCCUUGUCAUCCUCCACUGUGCCCAAAACCUUGAGCGUCCUCUGGUCCUACUCCAAGGAAAUCUCCUUUGACGGCUGCCUUGCCCAGAUGUUCUUCACCCACAUCAGCUUCAUCGCAGAGUCAACCAUCCUGCUGGCCAUGGCUUUUGAUCGCUAUGUUGCCAUCUGCUGGCCAUUGCAAUACACCUCCAUCCUGUCUCCCUCCGUGGUGGCCAAGACCGGCUUAGUGGCUCUGGUCAGGAGUUUCUGCGUGAUGUUCCCGACCAUCUUCCUCCUCAAGAGGCUGCCUUAUUGUGGGAAAAGGGUGAUGCCCCACUCCUACUGCGAGCACAUGGGCAUCGCCCGCAUGGCCUGUGCCAAUAUUGCUGUCAACAUUUGGUAUGGCUUUGUGACAACUCUUCUGUCUCCCGGAUUAGACAUUUUCCUCAUUGCUGCUUCUUACCUCCUGAUCCUCAGGGCCGUCUUCAGGUUUCCUUCCAAAGACACCCGCCUGAAGGCCCUGGGGACCUGCGGCUCUCACUUCUGCGUCAUCCUGAUGUUUUACACCCCAGCCUUCUUCUCCUUCUUUGCCCACCGGUUUGGCCAUGGCAUCCCCCAGUCUGUCCUCAUCCUCCUGGCCAACCUCUACCAGCUGCUGCCACCAAUGCUCAACCCCGUGGUCUAUGCUGUAAAAACCCAGAUCCGAAGGCGGAUUUGUUUGGUCUUCACACUGUACACAACAGGGUUGGUCACGGGGGGCAAUAACAGAAAAGCGUUGGCGAUGAGGAUGAAGGCGAUGGGGUGCUCCUGCCUCCCAAACCGAUGGAUCAUGCUGAGCCCAAGCAUGGGGACAUAG